ACUUUUCUCAACCCUUUGGAUAACCAACAACUAAAAGCAGUACAGAAAUGAACGGACACGUGACCUUAGCAAUUCUCGUCGUCUGCUGGUUGGGCGCAGCAGUAGCUGACGAGGACGGAUCUCGUCUGUCUCCCCCCAGACCAGCCAUUUCAUGUGUUGACCAAUACUCCCGUGACGCAUGUCUGAGACGUCCAAACGGCGACUACCCACUCUGCAGCCAUUGUCAGUAUGGCUACUACGCCACCUGCUCUAACGAAAUUCUUUACCUGAGACCCUGUCCCGAUGCCUACUACAAUGGCAACCGUUUUGUGGCCAAGAUGGUGUUUAACGUCUACACAAGAGACUGUCAGAAAUACGCGCCAAAUUGCCCAAGAUACUGAUCCACCCACACACAUUCGCACAAAAAAAUAAU